CCUUAGCUACAUCUAUUAUUAUCAGUCAUGAAUUGCAUUACUGCGGUUACCCACGCACUCUGUUCUUACAUUAACUCAUUAUUUCGUCAUGCCUCGUAACUUUGCAGCCUUACCGGGUUUUUACCGAACCCUCUUCUUGUACAUUGAACCAGUGUCGACCAUAUCACCUGCCGUCUUGGCGUGGUUCUUUCCAGGCGCCUCCUGGUUCCACCAUGAGCUGAUACCAAGUGCAACUGCUGCUUCCGAGACGCUAGAUGCUAGGACUACGAUGGCUAUCUGGCAACUGGGAAACUGCUACCUUCUGCUAGGUUUAAUCUCAUCUCUGGUAUUCAGAGCCGUCCGAGAUGCUCUUCCAAAUAAUCCGGGGGCUCAGGAGCGUAUACUUGGAGCAAGUUUUACUGCACUUGCGCUAGCAGAUGUAACACAUAUUGCUGCUUCAUUCAUUGGCCUCCCCGACGAGCUCAAGUACUCCUAUGGCAAGUGGAAUCCCAUGACCCAUGGCAAUAUCACGUUUGUAAUAUUCCUCUUGAGCGCAAGACUUGCCUGGUUCGCAGGAGUCGGUCGUACUACAUAUUACUACGGGAAACGGACCAAGGUGGAUUGAGCACCUGAACUGCUAUCUGUAGAUUAGGACACUAGGCGGUUCUACGUCC